UACUCCACUGCUAUCCCAGUUCCCACAUGCUGCCCUGGGGGGUGAGGAUGGAUAGAGAGGAGCAUCCCUGUUGUUGCUGACCCUGAAGACUACAGACUCACACAAACGGUGAGGCUAAUGGCAGCCUGUCUGCUCUGUCUCAGGAGUCUGCUGCUGAUGAUGAUGAUGACCUGGGACACAGUGGGAAGGAAAAAGUGUUGACCAGUCCGCUGUAGAGGAAUGUGGUUAAGCCGUGGGGAGUGGCGGAUUGGCUCAGUGUGACCAGGCGAACGGACUCAGGAACUUUUGCUGCCUCUACUACUUUCAGUGUGCCUUAUUUGUGUAGGGACACGUUGCCUCAGGUUCCCAUGGACUUGCUGCGGGACUCCAGUCAUACCAUGAUGGGUCUGAAUGCCAGAUUGAAGGGAUUCUUGGAGCAGGUGAACAGGCUGCAGGAGGCCAACCGGCACCUGGAGGCUCAGAUAGCAGACUGGGGUAUCAGGAGCACCUCACGCUCUUGGAACUGGUCCCAGCAGGAACAGACUGUCAGUGAGCUUCGUGCCCAGGUUGGUAAACUACUGAUGGAGAAUGCCCAGCUGGCAUUACAGUCAGACAGCAUGAAGUCCAGAGCUGCUGCCAUCCAGGCCAGGUGUGAGAUGGAGGAGAGGAGCACCAGGCGACUGGAGCAACAGGUGGAUCUGCUCAGGCAAUCGAGGAGGAAGGCAGAUGAGAACAGCAUGACGCUGCAGGCAGACCUACGGCAUUCCAUGACGGAGCUGCAGGAGAUGCACCAGGAGUUUGAGACAGCCCGGGCUGUACAGCUGCAGCGGGCCGGCUCCUGUGAUGCCCUAUUAGCCACAGCAGCAGCAGCAGCAGCAGGACGGGAGGAGGAUGGCACAGGGAUGGAGCUCACCCAGCUCCUCGAUCGAAUCAGAGCGCAGUGUGAUCAGAGCAGACUUCCCAGCCCAGGCGAGAGACACGUCGGCCUGGGCGCCGUGUCAAAUCCACUCCCUGGCUUGGUCGAGCCUAGCCGUUCUGGAGAAGCAGCAGCAGCAUCCAGAGCACACAGAGGAGCUCUCAGUGAGGAGGAGGCAGCAUGGGCGCAGGUGAGCCUUGGCAGCGCUGCCCUGAGAGAGGCCCGGGCUGAGCUAACUGAGGCCAGGAAGCAGUGGCACUCCCUGCAAGUGGAGAUUGAGACCCUCCAUGCCUUGGAGAAAGGCUUGGAGACAUCCCUGCAGAACACUCAGCAGCUGUACUCCAGCCAGCUGCAGGACCUUUCCCAGGUGAUCGCUGGGCUGGAGAGCGAACUGGAACAUGUGAGAAGUGGGCUGGCCACCCAACGGCAGCGCCACAGCCAGCUCCUCAACACAAAGAUGAGGCUGGAGCGAGAGAUCGCUACUUACCGACGUCUGUUGGAGCGUGAAGAGGGCAGGUACAUGGGUCGUAAUGGGCAGCCAAUGGGCCUGCAGCCCUGGAGGUCUUUCAUGGAGGAGUCGAAGGAGGACGGGCUAGAGAAUGGCUUCAGUGACUCUGCUGUUACUCCAGAUGAACCCAAGUCUGAACCCCUGCCUGAAAUACCUUCACUUCUCCAAGCAGAUAAUGGACUAAAGAAAAGCAUACUGCAUAGACAGCAAAGUCUUGUGAUACUCACAGAGCCAGAGCAAGAUAAAGACUUGCCAAUCUCCACUGUGAAGACUCAGGAGAUUCUUCAGGGCAAUGUGGUGCGAGAGAGUGCAGAGGGUCACGGCACCAUUGAGACCGAGAAGAUUGACAAGGUGAUAAAGCAGUGGGAGGGCUCUUUCUUCAGAGGGAAUCCCAAGCUGCGGAAGAAGUCUGUGUCGCUGCGCUUCGACCUGCACAUGGCUGCAGCAGAUGAGGGGUGUGCCCAGACUAAACAGGACAGCCUCCCUGAUGUGGAGGUGCGUCUCAUCAUGAAGAGAUCUCGCAGCAUCGCAACAAUCACACAGUAACUCUGUCACUGAUUCACCGGAAUCAAACACUGUUUGUGGUAACACUGGUGAUGUUGAAGUUACAGAGAUAACAUCCGUGUCACAUGUGGGAUAUUACCAUCCAUUACCAUCAUGCCUGAUAUGAAUUUCAAAUUACAACUCACUGAACUUUGUGUUACAACCAGUGACUGAAACUGCGAUUUCUUUCAUCAAACUUGCAGGAUAAGAAUUAUCCAUCAGGCUUUUGUGCUGACCUCAUUGGGCCAUUUUAUAGUGGCAGAAAACCACAGCAAAUAUAUGAGAAGUGCAUUACAGAGCAUAUCAAUUUACCAUCUUCCUUCCACAUCACUCGAGAUGAAGAAAAAUUGUCUCUUAACACUGUCUUUGUUCCAGUAUGAGGUCACUGAACAGAAGAGAUUAUAUUGACCAUAUGACUCUGCUUAACUACAGCAUUUAAUUCUAAUUAACACUUGGUAGAGCAGGCUGAGUGCCCAGACAGAUGGAGAUAAAUGGAGGUGUGGAGUCACAGGUCUCUAUGAACUGCAGUGAACCAUCUAAGGGUGGAGUUUUUCCUAUUUUUUCAUUACGAGACUGUACGAAAAUCAUUGGAGGUGGGGGCAGAGAAGGAGGACAGUGAGUUUCUUUGCAGUAAUCAAAUGCAAUCUCAUUUGUCACCAGCCAGCACUAGUAAUUCACAUUAUGAAUCUCAACAGAAAGAAGAAUUACAAUAAAGUAAAAUAUUUUUUAAAAAAAUGAAUAUGAUAUAUGAAGUGACAGCUUUUGUAGACUGAAUAUAUACAGAAUAUUCUGUAUAUUUUGCUUUAUUAAGUUUGCCAUAAUUUCAGUGACAUAUUAAGGUUUAAAUUCUUUUAGUUACUAAUGGCAAAAUGAACUGUGGUAGUUCUAAUUGUGUUAUAAUAAUGUGAAAUAAUAAUGUACAAUAAUACUGUACACCCCCCCGCCACCACCACCCUAAUCAUUUCUGUACACUCCUGGAAUGCUUGCACUGCAGAUACAUACAGCACUUAGAAGAACACUAGAGGUCCUUUGUCAUUGCAGUACAUUCUCUAUGUGGAGAAAAAAAAAUCGUGCAACUCAAAAUGAUGAUGUAGUUACAUUUUAUGUAUGCAUUAUCCCAAAAAUACUGCUCACUGUGAUCUUAGCAGUGAGGCUCUUAAUACUCACAAUGUGUGUCAGAGGAUUUAGAUUCCCUGUCUUAACCAGAGGAGGGCAGUAUUUGUAAAUAGUUAACACUGCAGUCUAUAUUCAGUGCUCAACUCGGGUUGUGUAGCACACGCUAUCUGUUACACUUUAGAUUAAGAGUUUUUAUGCUAAGUUUUGAGUUGGCACCAAAGGUAUUACAAAUAAGAAAAGGACCAUAGUGCAUUUCAUUUGGGUGCCUCAGAAUAUGUUGAGAAUAUUUAAAGAUAUUAUCUAUGCAGUUCUGUGCUUGAUUUUGCUUUGCUUCAUGAAGCACACUCUUCAUUUCGGGAGCUCUAUAACUUCAAGAUGAAGCAUUUUGCAUUUAUCUAUUUAUCAUUUAAAAUAAAAAAGAAUAAUGUGCA